CAUCACCUAAUUAUCUUCCCCUGUCUACCAGGUGUCGCUGUAGUCGGCACAGUGUCACGUAAAUAUAAACCAAAGACGGCGAUGGAGGAUGUUUACCGAUUCACGAAAUAAUAAAAUAUUGCAGAGUAUAACAUUGCUUGUGUUUGAUAUUUCUCAAACAUAGAGCGAUUAGGCUGAAGGAGCCUACUCUAAGAUUCUUGUGAACUCAACUCCAAUAUGUUUAUGGAUUUGAGCACUAAGCAAAGCAAAGUGAAAAGUUCACAAUCAGCAUAUCGAAGGCACAGAGGAGUUCAUAGAGAGGGACAUACUAUCACAAACAUGAACCGUUACGAUCUUGAUUCAGACAGUAUUUUGCCACCAGAAUUGCGGACUAAACUGUAUCGGUUAUUUGGACAAAUUGAAAGGGAGUUUGAGAAAGUUUAUUCUGAAAAUGUAUCUUUACAAGAGAAAGUUGAAGCUUUAAAUGAACGCCUUGAGUCAUAUACAAACUGUAGCAUUGAUAAACCAGCUCCAGAUAUUACAGAUUCAUCAGAAAUAUCUGCCAAACCCAAAAGAUCUGCAAGUCAAAUUUCACAGAAGAUCAAGUCAACCUAUAAAGUAUCAACUAGUAAAAUAGUCUCCAGUUUUCGGACAGCUCCUACUGCAUACAAUUUAGUGAGGGAGUAUUCUGGGCAUCGUGAUGGAGUAUGGGAAGUCAGUGUGUCAAAAGCUGGGCAUCCAGUUUUAGGUACAGCAUCUGCAGAUCAUACGGCCCGUAUUUGGUGCAUUGAAUCAGGUGUUGCUUUACAGCAGUAUAUUGGCCAUCAAGGUUCAGUUAACUCAAUCCGAUUCCAUCCUAAUCAAGAUCUAGCCUUAACAGGCUCCGGAGACAGAACUGCGCAUAUAUGGAAAAUGCAGUUUACUUUACCGUCCCAUUUGGAAUUUAUGAUGCGCUCUAAAAGUGAUUAUGGUUAUACUCUGAUGGCGAAAUCCCAUUCAUCUGGUGAAGAUGAUCUUGAAGGAUCAGAAAAAGAAGACCCAUUAGAAGAUGGAAUUGAUUCAUCACAAGAAGCUGCUUUAGUUAAAACCCCUGCUGUUGAACUGAAUGGUCACAUGUGUGUUGUCAUUGCUGCUGAUUGGAUGGCUGGUGGAGAGCAAGUAAUUACGGCAUCUUGGGAUAGGACUGCUAUAUUGUAUGAGUCAGAAACAGGAGAACAAGUUAAUACACUCACUGGGCAUCACCAAGAGUUGACAGAUGUAUGCGCACAUCCAUCUCAAAGACUCGUUGUAACGUCUUCCAAAGAUACUACAUUCAGAUUAUGGGAUAUGAGAGAUCCUUCUUUAGAAGUCAAUGUUUUCCAGGGUCAUACUCAACCUGUCACAUCUUCAGUAUUUGCCGGUGUUGAUAAAGUAGUUUCUGGAAGUGAUGACCGAACUGUGAAAGUUUGGGAUUUGAAGAAUAUGAGUUCUCCAAUUGUUACUAUUCGAACUGACUCUGCUGUGAACCGGCUAGCUGUGUCUCAGAGCCAAAAUCUAAUUGCUAUACCUCAUGACAACCGCAAUGUACGAUUGUAUGAUAUACAAGGUGCAAGGGUAGGACGCCUACCAAAAAGUAAUCGACAGGGUCACAGUCGAAUGGUUUGUUCUGUAACCUGGGCUGAAGAAAGUUCUUUGUGCCACCUCUUCUCAUGUGGAUUUGAUCGUCAAGUUUUGGGCUGGCAAAUAAAUGUUGCUGCUAAGGAAUAGUAAGAAUAGUAAGAAUAUUUGUAAAAGAAUAUUUCCAGUCAUUGAAGAUAUAAGACAUUUAUUAGAAUGUAUUUCCGUUUUAGUUUGUUUUCAAAGAAUUUGUCCACCAGUUGUUUCGGGUAACAACUUGCCUCUUCACAUGUUUGGUAAAGCUUGGCUGUCUUUCAUUGGAUGCUUAUAUGUCUGGUAAGGCAAGUUUAACAUUAAAGCUAUGGAGUUUAACAUCUCAAUCAACUAGCUAUGCUAUUAAAAUAACCAUACAUACAUACAGACAGAUGCAUAUGCCCACACACACAGUCUUUUAAUGCUUUCAAUCUUUGACCAUACUGGAGCACUCCUUUAAAAGGUAUUGUUGAUAUUGACAUGAACUAACUUUAUUGAUCUUUGGUUUUGAACAACUAAUAUAUAUAUAUAUAUAUAUAUAUAUAUAUGUGGGUGUGUGUUUGCAUUAAUUUUAUAUAUACACACACAAACACACACAGAUAUAAAUACAUAGGAUAUUACCCCCAAAAUGUAUACAUACAUUGAAUGUCUAUAAAGUCAGUGUUUAUUAAAAUGCAUUUCAUUUUCAAAAUUUAAUAGAAUCUAUAGAUGAUUUAACUUUUUUAUGAAUGACCAUUCUGUUCCACUUCUGAUAAUGUGGAGCAAUGGAAUUGCAAACAUCAAGAAAUAUUUUGUUUGAUAUUUGUGUGCAUUCUCAUUCAAUGAAUGAAUUCAUUGACUGUCACUGCUUUUGUACCAUAAACCUUGUCCUUUAGUAACCCUAUAAAAAAAAAAAUAGUUCUUCCAGUAUGUUCCUUGUGGACAUUAUGAACAGUUCCAUCUACUUCAAACUUAUCUCUAAUUCAAGUGAUAGUAAAUCGCAUAGGUGUACCUGUUUGAAACUCCUUUCUACACUGUCUUUGCACUUUCACUGCAUUUUCAAACUUUCAAUAGCACUUGAGAGUAAAUUUUCUUCUUUUCACUAGUUCUAAUGAGUUAAAUUGAAAAAGAAACGAAAAUUGAGUCAUUAGCUGUUAAAGUGUGUACACAGUUUGUUUUGGGCACCCUCUGUAUGUAUGUGGAUAUAUGGAGUUAAAAUUACAAUAUUAUGCAAAAAGAAAAAAAAAUCAAGCAGCUUAUAGAUAUUUCUGUAUUAUCAGCUAGAAGCCCCUCCCUCCCUGGCUGAUAAUACAUUUAUCUCUUCCAUUAGGAAUUCAUCUGCAAUGUAAUUCUUAAUAGUUAGGCUUAUUUUAUUACUUCGUUCUAUGUACCAGUGAGAAUUAUUCCUAACACUGACAGAAGAGUUCCUCAUUCAACAGAUGGCCAUGUUGAGAAAGUAUAUUGCUGUAAUCAAUGUGGAAUGUAAACUGCUUGCUUGGUCAGUGGGAAGAUCUCAAAUGGGUUUUUGCAAUGCUAUAAUGUUUGAUAAAGGUUCUCUCUCUCUCUCUCUCUCUAUAUAUAUAUAUAUAUAUACAUAUAUAUAUAUAUAGAAACAAAACUAAACACAUUUACACGAGGUGUGUGUGUGUUGAUAAUUCUUUGGGUGACUGUGUUUUUUCUCUUUUUAGGCAUAAGAGAAUAUAUUCUCAAUGCUGUUGGUGUAAAAAUACCUGAAAGCAAGUCAUAGCAAGGUGUUUUUACACUAAAGGCAUUGAGAAUAUUUUCCCUUACACUUAAAAAAUGCAGCCACCCAACAAACUAACAAUACACACACUUUGUGUAUGUGUGUUUGACUUUGUUUACAUACCUUGAGUGGUUUCUAAUUAAUAUUUGAAAAAAUAUAUAUGUAAAAUCAUUACCAUUUAACACUUGUUUUCUGUGAUGGUACUGGUUGAUGCCUGCUUUGGUUUGGUUUUCUGCCUAAUACCUGACAUUAGUGAGGUCUCCAGGUAACUCACAAGUCCCACAAUCUUGCAGGUUAUAAUAUUGAAGGAUAUGGCUUUAUGCUCAGGUGAUGAAAGGUUAAAGUAUGAUGGAAGGAUAAGUAAAGAGAGAAGUGUCGCUGAUUUAUGUCACCCUAGGUAUGCAUAGGGAGGGAGGGAGAGAGGCAAAAGUGAAAAGGGUGAGACAGACAUGAAGAGAGAGAGGUAGUAAAGACAUUAAACCUAAAAUAGAAGAGGAAAAUAGUCUUAGGUGAAUGCUUUGGAGGAAGGACUGAAAGAGGGAGUUUUUAUGUUUCAGUCAAUGGUCCUUCAAGAAUAAGAAUGCAAAAGAGAAUAAAAAAUUUAAGAAAUUUAUUUUUGCAUUAAAAGCCUGAAUUUUAUUAUAGGUAAGUUUUUUGAAAAUAUUUUGGAAAUAAGGAGCUUAAAAUUUGCUGAUGUAUUAGAGACACCCAGAGAUUGACCUGGGUAUGAAUCAUAGACUUUCUCUCUAAAAUAAUGAGCUAGAAUUUCAAGAAUUUUUGAUGAAAUCAUAUCAACCACUGGAGUUGCUUUUAAAUGUAUAUUUUAAUUUUUUUUUUACAGUACUUUGUGUUUGAAACCCUUUGCUAUCAUAUGAUAGAUAAUGGUCCAUAUUUUCAUCCAAUGAGGAAAAGAAUAAAAAUUAGUUUAUGGAAGUUGAAAUAAAUUAUGUUGAGGGGUGACAGCAAAAGCUAUAUGCAAAAUAUUUGGAAGAGAAAGUAAACGAAAACCUAGCAGUAGUUGUGAAUGUCUAAGAAACAAUGGAGGUAAUUUGAAGAAAUCAAUUAAUCUCCCAAAGUUGCAUGUUUAGUGAGUGGUAAGUGUGACCCUCAUUUGUAGGCAAGGGUCAUAAUUUUUGACAUGUUUCAGUCUAAUUAGAUUCCAUCAGCAGUCUCACCAAGCCUGCUGAGUAGUUCACAAAGAUUUUUACAAAAAGAAAAACAGGAAGAAUUUUGGACCAAUAUAAUUUGCAUAAUUAAAAAGAAAAAUGGGCUAAGAGAAAUAAUUCAAAUAGUACAUGAAUUUGGUGAAUUAAAUUACGGGCUGAAAUACUGAAUGUUGCACUAGAACCCCCACCCACUUUGAUUAAAGAAAGGAAACGAAGUUUGGAGCAUCUAGCGAAGGAAAUUGGAAAAACUAGAAGUAAAUCAAAUGUUUGGAAUAAAUGUCAGAUAUUUGUGAAAGACAACCACAUUAACCAUUCCAGCAACAUCAGCAGCAGCUACUACAAAAACAAAUAACCAAUGAUAAAAUUUCAGAAAUAACAUGUGACAAAAGUAAUAACCCUGUGAAAAAGACCAUCAGCGUCCAGAUUAAAUAUAACAAAAUAGCCUUACAACAAACUUCACCAUAGCAACGACUAUAAAUUUAAUAAAUACAAAAAUCAACGAAGUUAUACCAAGAUUUUCUUUAGAAUAUAAACAAAACUGAAAUGAAGUGUUACACCCCACCACCACCACCAACUUCACUGUAGCAGAUGUAGUCAGUUCCAGGCACUGAUCUCCAUUUGUAUCAAUGGAGUUUGCUGAUAUUUGCAACUGUAUUUUUAAAUGCUAUUUUUCAGCUAUUGAGUGCUGCUAUGUUGUUAUAUCAUUGAAUAAAUUAAACAGUUUCAUGGC